AUGAGCCGGCCAGAGAGUGACAACUGCUCGUUCAAUUCCGUGGAUAAGCUGACCAGUACCUUGCAGCUGGCAGUCCACAUCCCCACCUUCUUCCUCGGCCUGGUCCUCAACCUACUGGCCAUCCGAGGCUUUAGUGCCUUCCUGAAGAAGAGGCAACUGGAAUACAUCGCCACUUCUAUCUACAUGAUCAACCUGGCUGUCUUCGACUUACUGCUUGUGCUCUCCCUCCCGUUCAAGAUGGUCCUGCCGCAAGUGGAGUCCCCCUCGCUGGCCUUCUGCACUCUGGUGGAGUGCCUCUACUUUAUCAGUAUGUACGGGAGUGUCUUCACCAUCUGCUUCAUCAGCCUGGACAGGUUCCUGGCCCUCCAGUACCCGAUCCUGGUCAGCCACAUCCGGUCCCCCAGAAAAAUCUUUGGUAUCUGCUGCAUCAUCUGGAUGCUGGUGUGGAUCGGAAGCAUCCCCAUCUAUACUUUCCACAGGGAAGUGGAGAAAUAUAAGUGCUUCCACAACAUGUCUGAUGGCACCUGGAGUGCCAGGGUCUUCUUCCCCCUGGAGAUCUUUGGCUUCCUCCUUCCCAUGGGCAUCAUGGGCUUCUGCUCAUAUAGGAGCAUUCACAUUCUACUGCACUGUCCAGACCACCGACUGAGAGCCUGCAUCUGGACCAUUGCUACCAACCUUAUCAUCUUUGUGGUCUCCUUUCUCCCAGUGCACUUGGGCUUCUUCCUGCAGUAUCUGGUGAGGAACCGCUUUAUCUUGGAUUGCAGAGUGAAGCAGGGCAUCAGCUUGUUCCUGCAGCUGUCUCUGUGUUUCUCCAACAUCAACUGCUGCCUUGAUGUUUUCUGCUACUACUUUGUCAUCAAAGAAUUUCGCAUGGGCAUCAAGACCCAGCGGCCUCCCGCAGUCCAGCUGGUCCAGCAGGAUACCAUGGUCUCCAGGGGUUAA